CCUCGUUCUAUCGAUGAGCUCUGGGCCCGAUUUUCUGAGUCGGGCUCAAAGCGCAUGCGCGCCCUCUCAUCUCCCUUUCUGCCUGAUCUGUCCGCCAUGGCUCCGCUUAAGAAGCCAAUAGUAAAGGGUGGCAAAAAGAAGAAGCAGGUCCUGAAGUUCACGCUGGACUGCACCCACCCUGUUGAGGAUGGCAUCAUGGACGCUGCGAACUUCGAGCAGUUCCUGCAAGAGCGCAUCAAGGUGAAUGGUAAAGCUGGGAAUUUGGGUGGUGGUGUGGUGUCCAUUGAGAGGAGCAAGAGCAAAAUCACAGUGACAUCAGAGGUCCCGUUCUCCAAGAGGUACCUGAAAUAUCUCACCAAAAAGUACCUGAAGAAGAACAACCUGCGUGACUGGCUGCGUGUGGUGGCUAACACCAAGGAGAGCUACGAACUGCGCUACUUCCAGAUCAACCAGGAUGAAGAGGAGGAAGAGGACGAUUAAACACACGCUGCCACUCUUUUGGAAAUUCAAUAAAAUUUUCAAAAGA